GCUGACACUCGGUGGGAUCGUGUGGAUGGAGGGGAAUGCCUCCUCCAAUGUUUAUUCCCCAGGAUCUUCCUCUGUGAUUUCCCUAUACUAGUGCUUCCAGGGGUGGGACUUCUGCAGUCAGUAGGAGGGCUUGAAUGAAUGCAGUGUGAAGCAUCUCCUCUCCAUCCCCAGUGUGGUGGUACCCAGUGUAGAGAGAGCCCUGUGUGUCUCUGGGAUGAGGGGGGCUGGCAUGUCCCUUGCCUGCUGGAUGAUGGCUGAGUACAGGAGGACCCAUCCACACACACACUGCCUCUAACAAGCCAAAAGCAGCUCUGCACUUUCAUUGUUCCUGCAGCAAACUCUAAGGAAGGCAAAACUGAAAUGAAUGCCAUGGAGAGCAGAAUGAUUGACUACCGUAUUAGUGUCAUCACAAGCCCUCCAGAAUGGGAAAUUGGAAUAUACAUAGCUGGUGCGCUGACGCUGCUUGGCGUGGUCGGUUUAUAUCUCUGGAAGCUGUAUAAAUCUGGGGAUUAUCCAUCACCUUCUCCAUUCCCUAACUAUGACUAUAGAUAUCUGAAGCAUAAAUAUGGGACAGCACACUCAGAUGUUAAAAGGAAGAGAACCCUUCAUGGAAAUUCUUCAAACAAUGUGGCAAAUCUCAAUGACACCUAUGAGAGCAAGAACGAGUUUGGUCCCAUGGAACUGAUCAACAGGGAUAUGGAGAUGACACCAUAUGGGAUGUUAAGGAAAUCCAUCUCCACAGAUUCUCUCAGCUCCAUCUCUUCUAUUGGAAAUAACUUUGGCCAGGACUUUACAGUGGGACAGAUAGAAGUGACUAUGGAUUAUAAUGUGAAUUCCAACACACUGCAUGUCAUGCUAAUUCAAGGAAAAGAUCUUAUGGAGAGGAAAGAGGAUGGAAACUUUGAGUCUUGUUUUGUUCACAUUUGCCUGCUACCCGAUGAACAAAUUGUUGGAAUUUCAAGGAUACAGAGAAAUGCAUAUUCAGUUUCAUUUGAUGAGAGGUUUUCCAUCCCGCUGGAUCCAUUGGCGCUGGAGGAAAACAGCCUGAGGUUCGCUAUUUUUGGAAUAGAUGGAGAUGAACGGAAUGUCAGUACGGGAAUUGCAGAGCUGAAAUUGUCAGACUUGGAUUUGAUUAUGCGACCGUUCAAUACCUGGAUAUACCUACAAGAUGUCAAUAAGGCUGCAGAUGCAGCUGGGGACAUUCUGUUGUCUCUCAGUUACCUCCCAACAGCUGAGCGUCUCACCGUGGUGGUGGUUAAAGGAAAGAACUUGGUGUGGACAGAAGGGAAGACCACAGCAGAUCCAUUUGUAAAAGUGUACCUUCUGCAAGACGGCAGAAAGAUCAGCAAGAAAAAGACCGCAGUGAAGCGGGAUGACAGAAAUCCGGUCUUUAAUGAAGCCAUGAUUUUUUCUGUACCAGCCAUAGUACUGCAGGACUUGUCUCUAAGAGUGACAGUAGCACAAUGUGGUGAUGAUGGCAAAACAGAAAAUGUCGGACAUGUGAUCAUCGGACCUUCAGUCAGUGGGAUGGGCAUGACCCACUGGAACCAAAUGUUGGCUACCCUAAGAAAGCCUGUGUCUAUGUGGCACCAGCUACGACAAAACUAACCACAAAGUCAAAUCAGGAUGAGAAGACUGUUGGUAAUGAUAACAAUGUUAAUAAACCAAAAGGCAAAGCAUAAACUUAUCAGACUCUCUGUAAACAUAUUUAUGUACAAAAAUACUCUGUAAAUAUCUGGCAUGAGAUUUAUUUCCUAAUAUUUCAGGCUGUAAAUUCUGCUAAGAUUUUACUAUGAUUUUCUGUUUCCAACAUAAUUUAAAUUCAGGCUGUAUAUUGCCAAAAGAAUUGCUAACAUUUAAAUACUUAUCAUCAGUGUUUGCUUUGCUACACAAGAUAUUCUGCUGAGAAUUAUGAAACAAUUAUAUUUUGCUGACAGUUACAAUAUUUAGAUGAUAUAAAAAAUACCUUGGGGGUUAGCUUGUUAUUAUGUAACAGCUACCUCUAGCCAAAGCCAUAUGUGUGUUGCCACAGAAAUAUUAAUGCUCAGCUUCUAAACGUAAGGAGAAGUAGAUAUUUUACAUUUUUUAAUCUUAAAACAAAAUUUCCAUUCUUCAUCAUGAAUAAUAAAACAGAACAAAAACUACAUGAGUAUAAUCUUUAUAUCUUCUUAAAAUGGUAUUAUUAAUCUGUUAAUAUAUUAUGCAGCAGAGCCUUAACUGAGAUUUCAAAUCCAGCAGCUUUGUGGGCAGGACAUCAGAACAGAAAUCCAGCACUAUGUGGGCAGGACAGCAGCAUAGAAAUCCAGCACCUCGUGGGCGGGACAGCAGGAUAGCAAUCCAGCACCUCGUGGGUGGGACAGCAGGAUAGCAAUCCAGCACCUCGUGGGCGGAACAGCAGGAUAGCAAUCCAGCACCUCGUGGGCGGGACAUUAUUUUUCCACUAAAGCAAGCACUCUGCUGCCGUUUCCACCAUGCAUCAAGUCAAGCUAAUCUCAGUGAGUGCAUUUUGUCAGCACAGCCUACAUUUCUUGCCCCAGGUCCCCUUUUGAGGUUUCGUGAUAUGUGCUAAGCUGCAUAAAUAUGUGGCAUGUACAGAUAUGCAGAGGGUGUUGAUUUUAAAUGUUUUUAUGGGUUAAGAUUGUAUUUUCUUGAAUCAAUAUGAAUUCAAUAAUAAUAAAGUAUAUAUUGUCAUAUUGUCCCCAGCCUGCACGGUAUGGUGGUGCAGUACAGCUGAAUAUUGUAAUGUACAAAGAUAUGGAAUGACUUGGGGUUUCGCUGUUUAUAUUUUGACUGUAAAAGGCAUCAUAUGUAUUUGAUGUCCCUGUUGUCCCUUACUCUACUGAAGUGAUGUAUAAUAGAGAAGCACCACUACAUUUCCAUUGCUUUCUCACAUUUUCUAGAAAACCAGUAUAUUUGGAUAAUCGAUUCAUGUGCAAAGAUUCACUUACUGCAUGAUUUAAAUACGGUUCAUAACUGAAUGCUUGCCACUGAAUACAUUACUGACACUAUUCAUAUAGAACAAUUGUAUUACACCCACUGGCCCCCAAAAGCAGGGUUAAUUAUAUGGUGGAUAAUUUCAUAAUUUUUUUUUUUUUUUUAUCAAAUGAUAAAGAUAAUGUUAAUAGAAGUUUCUGCUGAAUUACUUGAUUAAAAUAAAAUUAAAAAAAUUACGAUCCACAGAUUUAUAGAAAAUUGAAAAAAAAAAAGUUUUAACCUGUAAAUAGUUAAGAAUAUAUAAUGCAAAAAUUUUCAGAUGAACUAUCUUUUUCUAACAAUCAUUGAAUUUGCCACUUGUGACUUACUCUGAGGCAGAAUAUUGGUUACAAAAAAAAAAAGAGUGGAAUAUUUGCUUGGAAAAUUAGUUUUGAAAGUCUGGUAAUCUAUUGGUGUGUAUUUUGUGUACACCCCCAGGCAGCUGACACAUUUGUAUUUUUCAAAAAUAAAUCGCAGCUGAAGUUUAUUGUAUUUUUCUACAUUAAUGUCCACAAUACUGUAUUAGCAAAUUAAUAGUCAAAUGGUUUGCAACUAAAGGCAACUCAUUUUGCUUUUCUUGC